AUGAGAAAGAACGACAAACCAAGAGCCUUUGAGAGAGAGUCUUCUGCAGAGCGGAGAAGGGACAGAGAUGUUUACCGGGACAAGGCCCAGAGGAGGGAUGGAAGGCGAGAUACAAGGAGUGAAGGAGAGGUAGACGAAAGAGACAAGAGGAGGAGGGAGAGAGUGAAGGAGAAGGAUGAGGUGCACUAUCAGCAUAGCAGGAGUGAGGGGGAGGCUAGGGCCAAGGGGGAGAAAGACCAAGAUAACACAGACGAUUUCGAAGACAACACACCGGAAAGUGAUGACAGAAGUGAUGAAUGGUGUGAUAUGGACAGAGAGCGAAUGCAGUCUGCGGAGGAUGGAUUUAUUACAGUGUCCAGCGGCGGCGAAGAUGAAGAAGAUCGGGAGGAUGAAUUCAAAGACUGCAUGGAAUCCUUUGGAGGAGAGCAGGAUUUGAACCAGGCAACAUCAGAUGACUCUUCAUAUGAACAAGGCAGAGACACCCCUCCAAAAUAUGUGUUCUGUGUGGUCGGUCAGCCAGAUCACUCACCUGGUGAUGAUAAAAUGGCAAAGAACUGGUCAGCAGCCCAAAUUAAAAUCGAACUCGAAUAUGAUGAGGAAGAAGAAGCUAUCCGGAUUAGAAUGAGCGGCGCUUGGAGCAUGUCUGAGGAACCUAAACGGCACUCCCAAGCCCCCCACCUGAAGUGGGCAAAAAAUGUGGUACGUGAGAUCCUUGGACAAUCCGACGAAAAGAUUGACAGCCCAGAGGACACCAAAACAGAAAGGAAAGGCGAAGAGAUGCCGAUUCCAGUCAUAAAAGCAGAUGAUGAGCUGGAGACCAAGGAGGAGGAAUCUUUGGAGGGGUUAAGAGAGGAAGAGGAGGAGGAGGAGGAAGGUGUGGGCAGAGAUCGCAGACCAAGAAUGUUCUCCACAUCAGAUGAUGAGAACGAACGAAGCAAAAGCUGGGGAGAGCUGGAUCUAAGAAAUAUAUUGGAUACCCUGGGAAAACGAAAAAGGAACUCCAAGUUUUUCAAGGCCGCUCAGCUCUACCAGCAGUACAGUGAAGCGGCCCAGAACUUUGAAAUCCUCCGGCAGGCACGCUCAGAUGUGGUGUCAGUGGUUGAAGUGUCCUCAUCUGCGGCCACAUCGCCCCUCCCGGCGCGCAGACCGCUCCCCCCUCUGCCCCAAAAUCCUCACCCGCACUCCCUGUCCCACACGGGCUCAGUGUCCAGUGUCCAGAGCUUGCCACUGCCUCCACCGCCCGCACACAGCCAGCGGCGCGCCUCCUCUCCGCGACUCUCCAUUUCCCUGGGGCAGUCGGCCACACUCUGGAGAGAUCUGCCUGCGGUGAGGAACAGCCCUGAGCUACAGGAGCUGACGGAGGACCAGAGGCGGCUGCAAGAGGUGCGGUUUGAGGUGGUCACUUCAGAGGCGUCAUACUGCAGGAGUUUGGACAUUGUGGUGGAGCACUUUGUGAAGUCUAAACAGCUGGGGGCGCUGUUGACCACUCAGGACAGAAACUGGCUGUUUUCCAGACUGGGAGAUGUCCGAGCCAUCAGCCACAGUUUUCUGUCCAAACUGGAGGAGAAGGUGGAAUCUGACGUCAUGGCCUUCUCUGUGUGUGAUGUCAUCGCUCGUCACUGUCAGCGUUUCAAAAUGGUUUACGUCCCAUACCUGACAAAUCAGUCCUACCAAGAUGCAACCUACCAGCGGCUCAUGAAUGAAAAUCAGGGGUUCCGGCGCAUCGUGGAAAAACUGGAGCGAAGUCCUCUGUGUCAAAGACUUCCUCUGCGCUCCUUUCUUGUUCUUCCUUUUCAGAGAAUCACACGGAUUAAGCUCCUGGUGCAGAACAUUGUGAAGAGGACCACUCCAGGGACCCCACAAGCGAUUCAAGCCAUCAAAUCUUUAAGACUUCUUGAAAAGUUAAUUCAAGAGAGCAACGACAGCAUCACUCAAAUGAAAAGCAUAGAGUCUCUGGUUUCUCUGAGCGCUAAAGUGGACUUCGAGUGCAAGACGCUCCCUCUGGUCAGUCAGUCUCGGAUCCUGAUGCGAGAAGGAAAAGUAACAGAGCUCAUGGACUUCUCCCUCAAGGAACAAGAGAGGAGUUUAUAUUUGCACUUGUUCAACGACAACUUGCUGGUUUCCCAACAAAAAGAAGGAGGCCGGUUCACUGUGAUCGACACAUGUCCGGUUUCUGAGCUCAGAGUGGAGAACUUCCAGAUCAAACUUCACUCGCUCCAGAAGAAUGUAUUCAGACUGCACAUGUCCAGUAAAGCCCUGCUGCUGCGCACGGACACUCAAAGUGAUAAGCUACGAUGGAUCUCUGCCCUGUCACGGCCACAUUCGGAAGUCGACUUUUCCACCGCUCAAGACUUUCCACAGAUGCAGUGCAUACGAGCUUUUAUGGCUCAACAACCGGACGAAUUGUCUUUGGAGAAAGCGGAUAUCAUUCUAGUCCAUCAACAGAGCAGCGAUCACUGGGUCGAAGGGACCAGAUUAUCCGAUAGACACCGUGGAUGGAUCCCAGAAUCACAUUUGGACCACAUCAGCAUUCCUGAAAUCCGUGAACGCAACCUUUCCGACGCCCUUAAACUCACCACGGCAACAGCACAGAACUGUAUACUUCCUUUAUGA